AUGGAACAAGUUUAUGAGAUCCUCUUAAGCAAUAAGCCUCCACUACCACUAAUCAUCAUCCUAAUCACCAUUCUAAUCAUCCUUUUCUCAACCAUAUACAUCCUCAAGAAACAGAACAAGAAGCAGAGCAACAAAAACAGAGCAUCCUCCUUUCCCCUGCCUCCAGGGCCAUGGAAGCUCCCCAUCAUCGGCAACAUCCACCAGCUCGCCUUCUCCUCCGCCCUAAUCCACCGCCGUUUGGCAGAGCUAGCCGAACAAUACGGCCCCGUGAUGCAGCUCAAGCUCGGCGAGACAUCCAACGUCGUCCUAUCCUCCCCUGAAGCGGCGACAGAGUACCUGAGAACGCACGACCAGAACUUCUCCAUCCGGCCUCACAUGCCGACGGCCAGCAUCCUCUUCUACAGCGGCAAGAGCAUCGCCUUCUCGUCCGACGGGGAACACUGGCGGCGGAUGAGGAAGCUCCUGGCCAUGGAGCUGCUGAGCGAGAAGCGGGUCAAGUCGCUGCGGCCCAUUCGAGACGAAGAGAUCGGCAAGCUGGUGAAGCUGAUUGGCGGCGAGCCUGCCGGAGGAGCGGUGAACCUCCACCAGCUGCUGGUCGCGGUGGGCAAUGCGAUGACGUCGAGGACGGCGUUUGGGAAGGUCAGGGAGCUGGAGUCGUCUUUCCUGCCGGUGGCGCGUCAGAUCCUGAGAGCGGUUGGUGGGUUCAACAUCGGGGACAUCUUCCCUUCCAACAGGUUGUUGCUUAUAAUUAGUGGAGCAGAGAGACGGCUGAAAAAGAUUCACCAAGAAGCAGAUGUCAUCCUCCAAGGAUUAAUUGAUGAGCAUGUAUCGAGAAGAAGAAGAGAAACAGAGUAUUCUGACACAGCCGAAGCAGAUGAUGAUGAAGAUCUAGUUGAUAUGCUCCUGGCCUACACUAAUUACAACCACGUCGAGGUUAAAGCAAUCAUCAUGGUACGUAUUUGUAUAUUGCAGGACAUAUUCGUGGCUGGCGGUGACACUUCUCCUCUUACGGUGGAAUGGGUCAUGUCUGAACUGAUGAGGAAUCCGGAGAAGAUGGUAAAAGUACAGAGAGAGGUAAGGCAGCUGUUCGACAAGAGAGGGAAAGUGGUAGAUGAAGCGUGCAUCGAUGAACUGCAGUAUCUCAAAUCGGUCGUUAAAGAAACUUUCAGAUUGCAUCCUCUCGCUCCUUUGUCCGUUCCGAAAGAAGGUCGAGAAGCGGUUGUGAUCGAUGGAUACCAAAUACCGACAAAGACAAGGGUCAUAGUCAAUUACUGGGCCAUCGCUAGGGAUUCCUCACACUGGACGAACCCGGAUCAAUUUAUACCGGAAAGGUUCCUCGACACUUACAUCGAUUACAAGGGUUUCGAUUCCCAUCUCUUUCCAUUUGGAGGUGGACGGAGGGUGUGCCCUGGCAUGGACUAUGGGAUUGCUGUUGUUUAUGCUUUACUCAUGAAUCUGCUCUACCAUUUUGAUUGGAAACUCCCAAACCAAUUGAAACCUCGAGAUCUUGACAUGUCUGAAGAUUUCGGAGUUACGGUUUCACGCAAAAAUAAUUUGUAUCUCAUUCCCAUCCCUUACCAUGGACCUUAA